AUGAAACGAAAAGAGUUGACAGAACACUUGAUGUCAUGCACUAGAAAACCACUGGAUUGUAAAUUCAAGACUCUUGGUUGUACCUUCACUGGUAGUGCUGAUGAACUAGCCCAACAUGAACGAGAGCGUGUUUCUGAUCACCUAGAGUUGAUAACCGUGUAUGCAGGAAGUAUGGAUUUACAGAGCAUGAACAUAAGAGAAAGACUUCAGGAACUGACCUCAGAGAGGGAAGACUUGAUAAAACAACUCUCUGAAUGUCGUCAAGAAAAUGAGAGCUUAAAGAAUUCCAUAAAGAAUUUGGAGAAGAUUGUCAAGGAUGUCCGGCUGAAAAUGGUGGGCCACACUGAGCGACUGAUCACAAUAGAGCGGAGAAUGGAGGAGCUGCCACGCAAAGAAAAGUUUGAGGAGCACUCGCGUGACUUGGCAACCAUUAAAGAGAAAACGGACAGAUUACAACAACAAAUCUUGUCAAUGGACGGGGGUGCAACUGUUUCCAGAUACGGAACCCUUAAUGCGAUGGCAGAUGCAUUAACAACUCAGCUUGCUGCUCAUGACAGGCAGAUUGGCAUUCACGAUGUGAGAAUUGCCGAGAUGGAUCUGAGAUUUCAGAUCUUGGAAACGGCCAACUAUGAGGGCGUGCUGGUGUGGAAGAUAAAAGAUUACAUGAGGCGAAAACAGGAAGCGAUAACCGGCAGAACCCUGUCGCUGUACAGCCAGCCGUUCUACACGUCGCGGUACGGCUACAAGCUGUGUGCCCGAGUCUAUUUGAACGGAGAUGGGAUGGGUAAAACCACACACAUCUCGUUGUUUUUUGUAUUAAUGCGAGGUGAGUAUGACGCGUUAAUGCCCUGGCCGUUCCAGCAAAAGGUAACACUCUACCUGCUGGAUCAGGGACCAGUGGGUCCUCAGAAGAACGAUCUGUCGGACCACUUCCACCCGGAUCCGAACAGCAGCAGCUUCAAACGGCCCACUACGGAGAUGAAUAUUGCCUCGGGCUGCCCACUGUUUGCAUCACAUUCGGUAGUGGAAAACCCACGCAAUAAUUACCUGAAGGAUGACACCAUCUACAUCAAAGUGGUGGUAGAAAAUGUCACUCCUGGUGUGCAGUAACCAUAUUGGUUAUGAGAUGCAUACUGUUCUGAAUUUUCAAUAGAAAAUAUACUGAUGUCCAAAAGAAACUUUACAUUCAUAAAAUUUUAAUAAUUUGAUAAAUAGUUUAGAAAUUACCUUCCAAAUACUUUGUAUGUAUCACAAAAUCAUUGUGAUGUUUAAGAUCUUGAACUUUAUGAUAUUUUCAUAUCCCACUGUACGGUUUGUUGGUGGUCUAUAUUAAAUUUCCAAGCCUUGUAAAGUUUAUUUUGGACAUUGGUAUAGACGUAUUGGCAUCCUGGCAACAUGUGAUAGUCUGUACUUGUUGACAAGCUAUAUCCUGGUAUGACCAGUGACUCUUUCUCUUUCUCAAAAACCUUGUUUGAGGGAGGAGGGUAUUUACUGUAUAUCAGGAUGCAGUCUGAUCGAAUACACAUGUCAGGGCACCAUGUACUCCUAUUUUCUGAUGAAAAUUUAGACAGUUCUAGACCUAUUGCACUAAAGGGCCUCAAUCAAGACAAACAUACUUGGCACAUGUAUUACUUUUAUAGAGUAUAUGAAGUUAUCAUGAUAUUUGACAUCACGGUGAUGUAGAGAAAUGGCCAUUCACUUUCAUUUUUGAAAAAAUAUAGAAGUAUGAAAAAAUUAGGAAGUGAAAAUCAUACUACUAUAGAUAAGCGGUGUAAGAAGACGAUUGCAGUUUAUUCAAACGAGUUGAAAUAUUUCACUCACAGGCAAGAAUUUAAGAUUUCAGCAUAUCCAAGCAUUCCACCCUCCAACCUACAUCAAUUUUGCAAUGGGAUGUACCUCAAUAACAGAGUACCGUCCUGAAGUGUGAUGGGUCAUAGGUUCAGUUGCUCUUCAUAGCUCCACAACUGGUAUAUCAAAAGCCAUGGUAUGUGCAGCAGGGGUGGGGAAAAAUUAAAUUGUCAAUCGGUCCCGCUUGAUGU